AUGGAUUGUAAGAUCUGUUUCCGAAAGUAUGACGAGAAGAAACAGAAAAUGACUCCACGAGUUCUAAGUUGUGGUCACACAAUGUGUGAAUAUUGUUGUAAGAAGUUGAAGAGUGACCGUCAAAUUAUAUGUCCAUUCGACAGAAAAGUCACCAAAGUUUAUAGUAAGGGACAUCCGGAUACACAGACACACCAAUAUUUUUCAGAUGGAGUCGAUCAACUUCCCAAAAACUUUGCGAUUUUGGAAGUGAUUGAAGUUCUUGAGAAAUCUGGAUAUCUGGAAGGUUCUAAAAGUCCUGAAGGUGCUCCCGAGACAGAUAGUGACCCAGAAUCGGAACCAGAGACUGAUGAUUUAAACACGGUUUCUUCUGUCCUAUCGGCACUUUCAAUUGUGGACUGGGAUGAGGAUUCAGAUGGAUUGGAGAUCUUUGACUAUGUCGAUUUGCCAGAUGAAAGCUUCAUCGUGAUGGAUCGCACUCAGGCGUCGGACUCGCUGGAAAAUGUUCAAUCGGAAUUGUCGGAUUAUGAAUACUUGCAUGAUUUGUACUUGUGA